CCAAUGAUGUACACAGUACUGCUACUGGUACAAACAAGCCAUUGAUAGGAGGUCCUCCACUCUCUAUUAUCGCAUUAAUGGGUAUACCAGAUGAUAGACCAAAAGUAUCUGAAUUGAUAGAGUUUCAUGAAUUAUUGAUCAAAGGACAACUGGAGGAGUCUCUACCACUGCUUGAUGCUGAUACUAUAAGAAAGAUUAGAAAUGCUAUUAAUGAUCAUGAAGGAAUGUCUCUUCUUAUAAGAGCAUUUGAAGAACAUCCAACACUGCUACAUGAAAUGAGAGUAGCCACUGGAAAAAUAAAAGGUUCAUCACAGAAGACACUAAAGUCUUCUCCCCCAGUAGCACCUAAACCAAGAUCAUUAUCACAAAGUGGACAAUCUCAACCAGUGUCAACAGCAAAAAAACAGCGACCACUUUCACAAACCACACAACCUCCACCAACAGCACCUAAACCACACCGACCAUCAAUAACUAAAAAACCUCCACCAACAGCACCUAAGCCAAGUCAAUCUCAAGAUUCAUCAUCAGCUCCACAUGAUCCAACAGCAACAGUACUGCUAGAUGAAGAGGGGAAGAAAGAACCAUCAUCAUUCAAACCAAUGGAAGGAUCAAUGUCACCAGAAUACAUUACAAUGAAAGAGAUGUUAGCUGAUCUUGUUGAUCUGUUGGCAGGAAAUGCUCCAGUUAUUUCGCGAUUAAAUAAUCAUCUCUUUUCUCUUGCUGUCAUACCUCAAGAUGUACACAAUGCUGUUGCUAAUCCUUAUCCUACUCCAAAUGAAAGAGCUACUCGACUCAUCAAUUCAUUAUUAACUAUCAUACAAGCUCAUUCUGAUCCUAACAGUGUGUUUUCUUUUCUCAUUAUGUCACUACAGAAAGUAGGACUAAAUAACAUGGCAUCGAAACUAAUGGAAAAACUAAAAAUGAAAUGUGGUCAUGUUGAUCCUAAUCUAGAGCAGCAACCAUCAGUCAGUGAGGGACUACUUCAACCAGUGGAUGUCACUGCACAAUCUCACACGCCACAACCAACAAUCGCUGGAUCACAAUCAUCUACUCCUACUGUCAUUGAGCUCAGUUCAAAGAGUGAAGUUGCUGCCAAUAUGAAAAGUCUUCAUUCUCGUUUUGCGUCUCUCAAUGCUAAAAUGAGAGGUGAAAUUGUGAAAAUUGUGCAAAAAGGUGAAGUUGAGUUUAUAGAUAUAGCUAGGAGUGCAGCAGCUUAUUUAAGCAUUGAAGUAUCCAGUUUAAAGUAUGGCAAUGUUGACGAAUUAUUUGAUUCUCUUAAGCCUCAUUAUGAUUUCUUUAACUGUGAUGGUGUACUUAAACACUUGACAGACACUUACCUUUCAAAUACACAAACUGAACUAACUGAAUACAUUGAUAGUGUUGAUGAAUUUUCAGAAUCAUCACAAUUGAAGCACAUACGAUCAGUUAUUGAUAAAGAAGCUCCAUUUUUAGAUUCGCCAACUACUAAACCAAUCGUUAUCAAACUAAAUGGACGAUGGGACGAAAUGACAAUCAAGAACUUUAAAAGCGUUCUUCAGUAUUAUUUUGAGCCAGAAAUCAAAAAUCUUUUUAGUCACAUUUCCAUCAAGAAAGGCUCGGUUGUCAUUACACUGUUAAUACCAACCUCACUAUCACAGUCUCUUAUUGAUGCUAUCAAUAACAAAACAAACUCAAUGAGUAGAUUAGGAAUGUUGGAAGUUGCUGUUGGCAAUAAAGUGAUUCCUAUCAAAAGAAAAGACGAUAACAAUUUUGACGUUUCGCUCCAUGAAUCAGUUAAAGCUGGUGAUAGUUUUGAAGUAUCAAUGCUACUGCAGUUAGGAGCUGAUCCUAACAGUAAAGAUGAGAGAGGAAAGAGUGCAGUAGAGAUAGCUAAGGAAGGAGGACACACUCAAAUAAAGGAAAUACUAUUAACUGGUGGAGGAGAAGAGACUGGAGAGGUGAAGUGGACCUGGUAUGAUGUAUCCCUCACUAAACCAUCAGCAGGUCAAUGUCAGGAAGUGAUCAGUCAAUUAACGGACAGUCAUCAGAACAUUUACCUCUAUCACUCAUCACCUGAUAUUGUAUACCUAUUGAUGUCACUAGCACUAGACAUAAAAACAAUAAAGAUAAUUCGUAUACAUAACACUAAAAUAACAAAAGAUGUCAUCCUCUUACUGUCACACAAAAUAACAAACAACACUUCAUUAGAGACACUAUGGAUCAGUCCUGAUUCCAUCAAUGAUGAUGGAGUCAUUGCACUAACACAAUCAUUAAUUAAUAAUAAAACAAUUACUUACUUAUAUCUUCAAGACAAUCCUGACAUCACUUCAACCAGUGCUCAGUCACUAGCUAAACUUUUACUCUACAACCACACACUAUCUGCCCUUUCUCUCUACCAUACUAACAUUGAUACUGAUGGAGUACUGGUACUGAUGGAAUCUCUCAGGACCAAUAAUACACUAAGGAUACUAGCUCUAGACAAUAAACAUAAACAAACUUUUUAUUAA